UUUCGUGCCCGCAUCCCCCCCCGGCCAGGAUGUGGGGCGCGCUCUGGAGCAUCCUGCCCGUGGUGCUGGGGCUGCUGCUCGGCCACCCCGCUGCUGCCAGCGGCCCGUGCUGGGAGAGCAGCAAAUGCCAGGACCUGGCCACCGAGAACGGGGUUUUGGCGUGCGCCAAGGCGUGCCGAGCGGAGCUGUCAGCCGAGGCGCCCAUGUACCCGGGGAACGGGCACCUGCAGCCCCUCUCCGAAAGCGUCCGCAAGUACGUGAUGAGCCACUUUCGCUGGAACAAAUUCGGCCGCCGCAACAGCAGCAGCGGCCACAAGCGGGACGAGGCGGCCGGCGGCCCCCCGCCGCCCCGGCGAGCGGCCGAGGAAGAGGAGGAGGAGGAAGGAGGAGAGGAAGAAGGAGCCGGGUUGGGGAGGGAGGAAGGCAAGCGCUCGUACUCCAUGGAGCAUUUUCGCUGGGGGAAGCCGGUGGGGCGCAAGAGGAGACCCAUCAAGGUGUACCCCAACGGGGUGGACGAGGAGUCGGCCGAGAGUUACCCGCUGGAAUUUCGGCGCCAGCUGGGGGCCGAGGGGCUCCCGGGCUUCUCCGAGGAGGAUGAGGAUGAGGAGGAGGAGGAUGAAGGCGAGGAGGAGAAGAAGGACAGCGGCUCCUACCGCAUGCGCCAUUUCCGCUGGCACGCGCCGCUGAAGGACAAGCGCUACGGCGGCUUCAUGACCUCGGAGCACGGCCAGACCCCGCUGGUGACUCUGUUCAAAAACGCCAUCAUCAAAAACGCCUACAAAAAGGGGCAGUGAGCGGGGGCAGGGGCACCCCCCCCCCGUCCCCGGGGACCCCCCCUCCUUCUUCGUCCCCACCUCGCCGCGGCCCCCGCGUAGCUUUUUUAGUGCCGUCGCUCCUCGUCUCGCCGAGAACCUCGUGGAUUUUUCGCCCUCGCAAAGCCCCGCCCGAGGGAUUUGUCCUCGUCCUCCUCCCACCCCAGGUGAAGGAUUUGCCCUCGUCCUCCCACCCCAAAACCCAGCGGGGCCGGGGCGAAGGUGGCAACGCAGCCACCGGGCGCCCCCGGGGAGCGGCGGUGCCGGCGCUGGGUCCUUUCCAUCCCUUCACCGAGCUGUACAAUACUGUAAAUGAUGGAUUAAAAGGAUUCUAAAAUAAAAAAUGAUGAUGAUUAUUUUUU